AUGCAUGUUGAAGCCCUCGAGACCUGCUUUUUCAUUCCCAAAUAGAAUAGCGUGUUACGCGACUUCGAAUGGACAUCAUCUCCGUUAAUCGAGCAAGUUUUUCUGGAAAACAUCAAAAAUGAUGCGACAAUUGCAGCUCAGUAUAUUGGCACUACUAGUGGGCUGACGCGCCUGUUUCCAAUGAAGAAAUGGAUUAUUGAUCCGGAACCGAUCACUAUCGAUCUAUUCGAUCCGCGCUUUCGGCCCUGGUUCGUAAAUGCCCAAUCUGCUCCAAAGGAUGUCAUAUUUCUCAUUGACAUGAGCGGCAGUGUUAAGGGUCAAACAGUGCAUCUGAUCCGGAUGACCGUUCUGCAUAUUCUAGCCACGCUCAGUCCGAACGACUACAUCAACGCAAUUUGGUUUAACAGUCGACAAGUACCGGUGCUUCGCGGUUGCUUCGACGGAUUCAUUCCAGCUAUGACAAGGAAUAAACGGGAUGAAGUAAAUUUUACGGACGCCUGGAAUGAAACAUGGAUUGCAAGUAGCGGUGGCCACAAGCUGAUUAUGCUUUUCACUGAUGGUUCUGAAAAUCGUGGACCAAGCGCAGUGGAAAGUCGGCGCAAUGAGCUUGAUAAAGAUACCGUAUGA